AUGGGAAGAAAAAGAUAUCGGACUUAUGAACAACGGCUGGCGGCUAAUUGGCGAGAACGCAAACGGAUGAGUGACAUCUACAGGGCAUUUGAAUUAUUGAGGGAUAAGAUACCGGUGGAAAAUAAUGUUCGUAAGCUGAGCAGAUUAGAACUCCUCAGGUAUGUUCGAAUCCACAUGUAAUGGGGAUUUUCUCGAAUUAAAUAUAUCUAUAUAAAAGAUUUUAGAUUUGCUGUCACAUACAUCAGACAACUAGAGCAGCAACUUCUAUAA